AUGAAGCUCCUCUAUCCUACCUCCUUGAAGCUUGACGUAACAAGUCUUGAAGGAUUUGGCGUCACUCUCCACCCCUACGAUGUUCACAAGCCAAUCCCCGAGGAGCUCACCGACGCAGAAAUUCUUGUGACUUGGGCAAAUACCAAUCUUCGUGAUGCCGCCAGACGGAUGGGCAACCUUCGCUGGAUCCAGUCGCUCUUUGCUGGCCCCAACGACGAGCUCUCAGCUGGCUUCCCACCCAAUGUUAUCAUGACCGCUGGCACUAAUCUGCACAACGAGACCGUUGCGGAGCAUGCACUUGCACUGUUGCUCAAUGCCGCUCGCCGUCUUUUCGAAAUGCGGGAUUACCAAAACCGGGGCAAGUGGCCAGGACACCUGGGUGGGUUUCUCCCCGACCGCCCCAAGGGGUCGUUUACUUCAUUGAAGGGUGCCAAUAUUCUCAUCUGGGGCAUGGGAAAUAUUGGUCGCACACUCGCGCCACACCUGACAGCCUUGGGCGCCAAUAUUCGGGGCGUUGGGCUUUACGAAGAAAUCAUUGACGGGAUCCAAGUUCAGACCAACGCAGCCUUGCCCAAAUUGCUCCCACAGACUGAUGCCCUGAUCAUGAUCCUACCGGGCUCGAAAGCGACCUGGCAUUCUCUUAAUGCGGAGCGACUUGCAAUGCUGCCUAGACAUGCCUGGGUGGUCAACGUUGGGAGGGGUGUCUGUGUGGACGAAGAUGCACUCGUUCAUGCCCUUCACAAUGGAAUAAUUGGUGGUGCAGCUCUGGAUGUCUUUCACAAAGAGCCACUCCCCGACUCAUCUCCUCUUUGGAAAGCACCAAAUCUGAUCAUAUCGCCACAUGCUGCUGGAGGCAGACCACGCUACUCGGAAGUGCUUAUUGCGGAAAACUUGCGGCGUUUCCUUGCAGGACAACCACUCAAGCACGACGUGACUUCAGGGGGGAUGUACGCUACCACUGCCCCAGGGAAGAAAUCAACGCUCAAGGCCGUGCUCUAG